AUGGGCAUGAUGAAAAGCACGUUUUCCUUAUUCAACAAGAAAAAGAGGCAGCGGUCGAGGGGAAACAAGCGCUCGGGACACCAUUCCAAUAGCCCCUUCAAGGCCCUGGAGGAUUACUUAGAAGACGACACACAAUUUGGCACGAGUGGUGGCGCAGUGGGUGGUGCAUCUGGUGGCGCGUCUGGUGGUCCAGGGGGGGACUCAAAAGGUGCCCUAAAAAAUGGCGCGAAUUGGGGCUCCAAAUACGCCGCGCUCAAAGGGAAGCUGCUGAAUGGGAAGCGGUUGAAUGGAAAAGUAGCUAGUGCGAAACAAACUAGCACAAAGUCGAAGAGCAGAGAGCAGCUAGGCAAGAAGGAGAACAAAAAAAAGGGAAACUUAAAGCGAAUAAUACGCAACACCAUCUGUCUAUUAAAGUCACAACAUUUAAGGAGCUUAAUAUUUAAAGAAAAAAAAGUAACGGAACCGGAAAAAAUAUUAAACAUUAAGUUCGUCCUAAAUGAUGAGCCAACCGAUAGUCUCCCCCAGAGUGUUGUAACUCAUAACGAGGACAUCGAAGUGAGAACAUUUGCAGAGAGUGAAAAACAGAUUAUCUCUGAGAAUGCCAAAAUAAUUCCAGUGCAGAAAUCUGCCCAAACUGUAAUCGAUAAGCCCGUAAGUAAAAAUAUUGAAUUGAAGGAAGAGACCUCCGAGGAUUACUCGCAAACUAUUGAAUCGUCCCUGCCAUGCAGUGAGCAAUUCGAAAAGUGCUACGAGGUGGAAAUAAAUAAAACCCAAGUUCCUCUACUACAGGAAUUAUUUGGGAAAAUGAGAAAAGGGAGUGACUCCACGGAGAGGGAUGGAGAGGCGUCGGUCGGCAAGGGGAACAAACGCGUCGACAGGUGCAACAUGUUGGAGGAUAGCACCCACAGUAGUAGCGGUGGAAGUGAUGGAAGUGAUGGGAGCGGUGGUAGCGGUGGAAGCGGCGGAAGCGGUGGUAGAGGCCAAAAUGCUGAAAGCGGCGAAAGUGAUGAAAGCGGCGAAAGUGAUGAAAGCGGCGAAAGUGAUGAAUGCAGGGAAAGGGGUGAAAACUGCAAAAUCCGUGGUAGGCGUGACCCCCUAGGACACAAAGCCAACAUCUUUAAUAACCUACUACAAAGUGUGAAGCCUUGUAGAAGCUACAACAUGGAUGUGAGCCACCCAUUGUACAACUGCUUGUGUAAAAAUGAAGACUCCUUCUUAAGUUCAAACUGGCACGAUCGAAUCAAUUACGCAUUCCGAAACAUAUGGGCCUUAAAGGAGUAUAUGCACGAUGACAAAAGUGAAGGCGAAAGAGAAAAGGAGUUUUAUAACGAGCUAGAGUUAUUUCAUAUGUCCAGCAAAAUAGGGGCCUGUGGAUUAAUAUACUCUCUAUUUUUUCGAAAGCAAGAAUCGGAGAAUAACCCAAUAAGUUAUUUUAAAAAAUGUUUUGUCCAAGUGUCAAAGGAGAGAUAUCCUCACAUUUACAAAAUAUACAAACCCAAAUUUGAUGAUGAUUUAGUUUUCCUAUUUGACAGUCUCGUCUUUACGGUAAUUUUGGGCAGCAAAAGGAAUGGCAUAAAUUAUAACAUGGCUAGAAAAAUAUACAGUAAUGAUAUUAAGGAUGUGAUUAAGGACAUAUUUAGAGGGGUAACAUUUAGCAAUUACAUGACUGAUGGUGAUGACAGCGAGGGUAGCAAGGAGGGUAGCAACGGGGGUAGCAACGGGGGUAGCAACGGGGGUAGCAACGGGGGUAGCAACGGGGGUGCCAAUAGGAAUGGCCACCUCCUCAGUGGUAAGCAGACAAUGAAGAAAACGCCCAAAAAUAAACGUAAAAAUUUACCAAACGAGAAAAAACUCCUAAAGAAGAAAAAGGAAAAGGUGUUCUAUGAAAGGCUGCUGUUGGAGAUGGAAAACUAUGACCACGAGUUGUACCAACAGAUAAAGCAAAUGAGCGAUUCUAUGAAUUACCACUGCUGUAUUUUCCCCUUUGGACUCUCCAACUACUACGAAUGUAAAAUAUUUAAAAAGAGAAACAACGUAAAAAUUUUCAAAUCGCUAAUUGACAAUCUGUUCAUUGUAAGGGGGGCAGAAGAAGUACUCCCCCCAUAUGUUGGAAACUCAGCUGGAGAAAAUUUCACCAAAAGGAUAAGAUAUGAAUUCAUAAAAAAUUAUUAUGAGCACUCAUUAAGUAAUACCACCUUAGCUAUUGACAUUAAGAAUUAUAAAUUUAAAAAGUAUAAAAAUAAUAUCGACCUUUUGAAGGAUGCUAGUAGGGAAUGCCUCCACAACAUUGACAAUUAUAUUUUCCCCAAAGUUGUAAAUAUCGUCUCAAAUUUUAGCGACAGUUUUGACAUCACUCACGUUUAUCACUCCCACGGGGUUAACAUGCAUCACCUGGGAUACCUACUACGCACUGAUAGGGACACACACACCCCGCAGUUCCUGUCAGAGGUUAUCUGUAGAGAAAUUAUUUGCCGCACGCUCAAGUCCAUAUAUUAUGAGCACAUACAUUCGUUUCUGUUAGGAGCACUGGGAAGAGACAAAAAAGGGGGUAGCAGUGGAAACUGUAAAAGGGGGAAUCAACACUGUUCUGAUAAUGCCUACUCUGUGUCCCCUUUCAUUAAUGAGGAGAAUGCCCAGUAUUAUGACCGCGUCAGUGGUAGCAGCAGGGAGAGGACAAACGAUCAGUACAGGGAGAGGACAAACGACCAGUGCAGGGAGAGGACAAACGACCAGUGCAGGGAGAGGACACCCGAAGGAUGCAACAAAUUUAUCUGCUUCUGCGAAAAGUGUUUCACGGAGUGGAAUUAUUUUCCCGAGUUUGUUCCACAUAAAUUUCUAAUUCGGUUGGCAAACUUAACCCUAAAUGUUAGGACAGUAGAUUCAUUGCAGUUCUGGCACCAGGUGUUAAUUCCAGAGUGCAUGAGGAAAUUUAAAAUCAACCUAAACGACCAUAUUAACAUUAAGGAGGUCGAAGUUUAUGGACUCCUCCUCUGCAUUGAGUACCAUUUGGGCGUCUACUUUAACAAGGAAUGUAAGAGGAAUUAUAAAGUCAGGCUGCCUCUAACCUUGGAGGAUAUGUCUUCCUUUGACUCCAAGGAGAGCGUUCUGUUUCCGAAUGUUGCCCAUCUGAGGGGGGUCUGCGAGUGGGGGGGAGGAUCGGAGAUCGGGGAAGAGAUUGGAGAGGGGAGCGAAGCGGCGAGUGAAACCUCGAGCGACCACUGUGAUGACGAACCAAACGCUGCAAAUCCCUAUGGGUAUAUGCGCGAAACCGACAGAAGUGACCCCCGUGCGAGGAGGCGGGGGCAGGCUUACAAGUCCCCCUACAGGAGUGUCACCGAGGUCUCACAAAACAACGAACACAGGAGUAACAACAGUUCAGGUCGUAGUGGAAGUAGAGGCUGGAAAAGCAGACCUACGUGGGAGAAAAGAGCAAUCACAAACAAUUACGAUGAUAGUUCUGCCCCCUCCUCCACAAAUGGUAGUAGCCAAGUUAACCCCCCAAACGUGUACUCCUUGGUUGACAAAAUACGCCAAAAAAAAUUGUUAUCCUUGCGGAGAAGUAACCGUGCGGGAGAAAGACAUAAAAGGGAGCUUACACCUAGCGCCAGCGUGGAUAGUCACAUAAGGGAGGACCUCCCCACUAGAGUGAAGCAGUGCAGUAAUUUCCAAAGGAGUAGCUUCGCUCUGUUUUAUCCCAAGACAAAGGGAUGCUUUCCGAAGUAUGCCACGUGGAGUUUCAUAACAGUGGAAAAGCUAAUAUCAUCAAAUAUCAUGAUGCAAGAAAAAUUUAAAGUAAAAAAGAUGCUAAAGGAAAACAUUGUCAAUAUAAUACACCCCAAAAAUAGCGACUUUUUACAGAUGAGCAAUAUAUGCACAGUCGGAUCAUGCAACAAAAUCAAGAGCUUUGUCCAUGAGUAUAAUGUUCCUUGCCACCCCUACUGCAUGUUGAAUGAAAAAAUGAAGUGUAUGAAUUAUGUUAGGGCUAAGAAGUGUAUUUAUCUCCUGCUAAAUGUUAGUGUGAAUAAAAACAUUUUUGAGUUAUCCAAACUGUUUUUGUUUCUGGCCUAUUUGCAUUUCGAGCAUGGCUAUGUGAAGAAGUGCUUAGACGUUUGCUACUACAUUUAUGGGGUCAUUCCGAAUAUAGGGACCAUAAGGAGGGACAUACUCGUCCUAAUCCUUCAGUGCAAAGUGAAGGAGGGGAAUAUAGACGAUGCGCUGAUAAUUUACAAGCUCAUCGUCAUUUUUAAUAAAUUUUAUGAGGGGCAUGGGAACAGCGUCCACACGCUUAUUUGCAACGUGCUAAUGGCUAGCUACUACUAUGAUAGGGCAAACGAGCGCAGUGGGGGAAGCAGCAGUGGGGGAAGCAGCAGUGGGAGAAGCAGCAGUGGGAGGGGCACCAGUGGGAGGGGCAUCUGUGACAAAGGCUGGGAGGAUUACCUCGGUAACAUCUGCAUUGCAGAGUGCAGAAAUCACAAUCCAGGUGAUUAUCGAACGGGUGAAGCUACCACAAAUAAAGAGUGCGCAAAGAAGAAGUUGUUGCUAGACCAAGUGGACCAUUUCGAGUUAAAGAAAAAGUAUUUACUAAAAGCCUUGCACUACUCGGAAGAAAGCUAUAGAGUCAUUUCGACGACGCUAUGUGAUAUCUCUACGCAUUACGUGUGCAUAUUUGCACUGAUACUACAAGGGAAUAUUUUAAUGGGGCUACACAAAUUCCAAAGCGCGAUAAAGUACUACACGAUAUCGCUGCAGAAUUGUGAAAGAGCCAAACUGCCCAACUUUGUUACAUUACAAAAUAAAUGUCUACUAGCGGACUCGUUAAAAAAUAACGGCAAUUAUGAUAAAGCCAUCGAAAUAUCAGAAGAGUGCCUAAAGACAUUAAGCAGCUGCACGCAGUCGUCACGCAGUCUAACACUGUAUGUAAUUUUUCGGCUAGCUGAGAUGAAGCAAUACAUAGGAUGUAGAGAUUUAAUUUAUCCAAAUAUCUUCCUAGACAACAUUUCCAAUGCUUACAUUAAAAAAAAAAUUACCACUUCAGAUUUUCUGAUUUUCGAAAAAAACUACUUAAAUGAAAAAAAUAAAAAGUAUAGAAAGGAGGCAAUUGAUUUGUACAUAAAAUUAUACGAUAAGUUAAGGAGCCAGAAGAACUACAACCUCGUUUUUGCAAAAGACAUUUUCGGGUGCUACUACACUAAGGAUGAUUUGUUAUCCUACCAGGAUGUAAAAACAGACAUACACGAAGAUGAUAUGGAAAGAAUAUUCCUAGUGAUACGAGAGAUCCUCAAAAUAAAGGUAAUUUCGUUAAGUAUGAAGAAGCAGUUCAUGUUGGCUUCUAAACUGUUAAGCAUCGUGUUAUCGAAGAAUUCUUCCCCUUUUGUAAGAGAAUUGACGCUGCUAAAAAGGGGGGCAAAAAAGGGGGCGUACGAAAAGAACCUACCAUAUGGUAAGUUCCACCCUGAUGAGUGCAACUCCACGGGGGGACAGCCCAGCGUGACAAAAACGGAAGACCAUUUGGGUAGCACGACGCACAACCGUAACAAUGACCAAGUGUACAUAACCGACCUGCUUAGUGAUGUGCACACAAAUGGCCAGCAAAAAUAUACCAGAAAAACUUUACAUUUCCAACUUGGCGAUUUCCAUCAAGGUAAGCAAAGGAAUUUUUUCCACAGAAGUUGUUACACACGCGAAUAUGAUUACAUAUCUAUCGAGAAGCUCCUCUUCGAUGACACUUAUUUUGUCAUAGAAGACAUAUGCAAAUGGUGCUAUUCAAAAUGUGACACGUAUAAUAGUAAGCAAAAGGUUGGGGUAGAAAGCAAUUCGACUUACUUGCUAAACCCUAGCAUAUGGUUUGAUUUACUUUUUUUUUCCGUCAUGAAAGGCACUUGUAGUCAUACCGAACUGCUCAUCCUCAUCGACUUGGUUAAAUUUUUCCUAACGCCUUUACAAAAGCAGCUAAUUUUAUUUCGUGUCAAAUCGUUAAGCAAUAUUAGCGGAAAUGAGCAGUACUCCGAGUAUAUACAGCACUUGCUAAAUAAUGAGGGGAAGGAAAUUUUGCGUAUUAUGAAUAUCCUGGAUAGGGAAAAAAAUUCAGGCAAUUUGUGUGUAGGUGCACACCCCGAACUUUCCAAUUUGCACAAAAAGGAUGUGAUAAAAAACCUUGACUAUUUGUCUAACAUAAUUGUCACCAACCCCUGGCUCAUGUCGCCUUCCAAUACAUUUGACAGCGCAAGGUAA